UUAUGAUAUCACAUGAUUGAGCAGAAUCUUUUCUUCUGCAUCACUUUGUAUUUAUCUGCAAGAAUUGCCAGAGCCCUAACUCCACCAUUUAUUCACUAGAAUUUUGCUCGGCUAAAAAAAGAUAGACAGUGGCUCGGAGAUGGAUUGGUGGGUGUCAAUGCCAAAAAUUGAACUACAUGCUCACCUUAAUGGCUCUAUCAGAGACUCCACUUUGCUGGAACUUGCUAGAGAAUUGGGUGACAAGGGUCUCGUAAGUUUCCCUGAUGUGGAGCACGUUAUUGUAAAACAUGAUCGUUCCCUUUCUGAAGUCUUCAAAUUGUUUGAUUUGAUUCACAUUCUUACAACUGACCAUGAAACUGUAACCAGAAUUACUAAAGAGGUAAUUGAAGAUUUUGCUGCUGAAAAUGUUGUAUACUUGGAGCUAAGGACAACUCCAAAGAAGAAUGUUUCCAAAGGGAUGAACAAGAGGUCAUACAUAGAAGCAGUUUUGGAGGGUUUAAGAGCUGUUACUACCGUCGAGGUUGAUUUUUUAAAUGAACCUAGUAUUGAUUCUCAAGCUAAUGGCGGUAUUUAUGCUCGGAGUGAUGGUUAUGCUAGCAAUGGAACAGAAAGAAAGAAAAUAUUUGUCAGACUUCUACUUAGUAUUGAUCGUCGUGAAUCCACUGAAGCUGCAACGGAAACAGUUAAGCUUGCGCUGGAAAUGAGACAUCAAGGGGUAGUGGGUAUUGACCUAUCCGGCAAUCCUAUCAUUGGUGAAUGGCUAACCUUUCUGCCCGCUUUGGAGUUUGCUAAAGAGCAAGGACUUCUGAUAACCCUUCACUGUGGCGAGGUACCUAAUCUGGUGGAAAUCCACGCGAUGCUAGAUUUUCUCCCCGCAAGAAUUGGCCAUGCUUGUUGCUUUGGAGAGGAAGAAUGGGCAAAGCUAAAAUCCUUAAAGAUACCGGUUGAAAUUUGCUUGACUUCAAAUAUCAGGACUGAAACAAUAUCUUCUCUGGAUAUUCAUCAUUUUGCUGAUUUACAUAAUAGUGGACAUCCAAUUGUCCUGUGCACUGACGAUUCAGGGGUGUUCUCUACCAGCGUAUCUGGCGAGUACAGCCUUGCUUCUUCUGCUUUUGGUAUACAAAAGAGAGAGAUGUUCCAGCUGGCUAGGAAUGCCAUUAAUUUUAUUUUUGCUGGUGACAAAGUAAAACAGGAGCUGGAACAAUUUUUUGAUUUAGCUGCAAAGAGCCUAGAGUUCUGAUCAGAAAUGUAGUAUCAAGUGAACAGGAAUCGUUUUCAGUCGUCAUUUUUAUUGUUAUUGACUGAACGGGCUUCAAUGAAGCGACAUAGAAAGUGAUGAUUCAUAUAGCCGGCCCAACUUGUUUGGGAUCAAGGCGUGUUGGUUGUGUCACUUGUAUCUUCUGUAAUAUUUUUUGGUACCGUCUGAAGACUUUCAAAUAUGUAUGUCAGUGUUGUAUUUGGUAUUACUUCUUGUUGUGUUGGAGCUUGAUAUUAGCUGGGAUUAA